AAUUGAUCUCAGGGUUGAAUCACUUGGAUAUCUCUGAUCACUCAGGGAGCGAUAUACUGACCACGGCAGACUUAAUUACUGACCCUUAUCCUGGAACAAUCUCCUAUGGUCGGUUACCGUCCUAUCGGUCCAGCUACACUCCACGUACUGAUUACUACAGCUCUCUGUCUACACCACGUUAUUAUUACACACCUCGAUCUCUAAGCCCUGUGCUGUCCAGGUCUUCUAUCAUGGAUAGAUAUGGUGAUCCAUAUGUCUCUCCUACUAGGUAUGAUCGUAUACAUGAUAGGAUUGAGAAAGUACUACGAAAGGCCAGAGUAUCUGAUGAUGAAUCUUGUACACAGGAGUCAGUAGACUCAAUAGAGGCCUUAAGAACAUCCCUGACUAGCAAACAACUCUUACAACAGUCCCGAUUUGAGCCUGAUAGGAG